CCACACUCUAGUUACGCUCUGUCUGAUUUGCGCUCUCCGGAUGGCUACAUAUUGCAUCCAAAGUGCUAAUGCAAUGUGCGUGUCCUUCCAUUGCCUCGGGUUGCUGCGUUUGCCAUUCUCAUCCCUCGCGGCUCGCUACGAUUUGCUACCCACCAAGGAGCUCCUUCGAGAGACAAUCGGAGCCAUUGCAACCCCCUCCCAGUCCCUACGGACACUACUCUACGGAGUCCGUACGUACUCAAUCUUUUCUUUCCCCGGUCCACCACCACUGCACCGGCUCCUCUCUUCUACAUCUUUCUUACGGUCCCAUUCGAACCCCACUGUUCGUACAGGAAGCAUCUUCUAUCGCUCUAUGAGCUCUCGUCCUUUUUCCUCUUCUUCGACACCGUCAUCCAUGUCUUGUGCCUUGAGCAGAAGAUAUGCCCGGGCGUGGGUACCUAACAAAUCAGAGGGCCGCUGGGUCAAGGGGAGAUGAGGCACAACCGGCCUGAGAUGGGGUGCGCAGUGCAUCCUGUUUUUUUUUUUUUCCUUCUCCUCCUUUCUGUUUCCCUUCCCUUCUUCGAUUGUGUUUUAUUCCCUUCCACGUCAGGUUCGGGUUGUCCAUCGCAAUCAGGGCCUAGCUCAGCCCGGACCAGCCCAGAUCUUCUUUUCCUCUCAUAUUGCUUCUUUCCCGCCGGGUACCUGCAAGAGAAUGGUGCACUUUCCCACCCCCCCUGGCGUUGC